UUUUGCCUUUGUGUUUUGGGGGCCUUAGUUUGGAACUGAGGGGAAUUUGGGAGUUGCUACCUCGGGGUGUCUGGGAUGUACUGCUAGAAGUUAGAAUUUCCACCCUUCCAGUGCUACCAAGCAGGUGAAGGACAAUGUCUUCCCACGACUCUGGAGCGGCCUUGGGGCUCGACUCCCAGCCCAGCUGCAGCACUCCAGUGCCUGUCCCAAGGAAUUCCUUCCUGGCACGGCCUCUCCCUUCCCCGUGGAGCUGCUCCCUCGCCCUGCUCGGCCGGGAGGACAUCGUGGAGAGCUACACUGGGGACUCCUGUGAGCUGGGGGUGGCUCUGCUGGACUGCAGCUGCUCGGCCCCGGACCCGCAGCUGGUGCGCAGGAUCGUGGCCCAGGUGGAGUUCUACCUGUCGGACGAGAACCUGGCCAAGGACGCCUUCCUCCUCAAACACGUGCAGAAGAACAAGAUGGGCUUUGUCAGCAUCAAGCUGCUGACAUCCUUCAAGAAGGUGAAAUACCUGACCCGGGACUGGCGCCUCACCCUCUACGCCCUCAAGUUCUCGGCGCUGCUGGAGGUGAACAAGGAGGGCACCAAAGUGAGGCGGCGGCUCCCCAUCCCCGAGUACCUGCUGAGCGUCCCCCCCAGCAAACUGCUGCUGGCCUGGGAGCUGCAGCCGCGGGAGCAGGACCUGCCUGUGCAGAAAAACUUCCUGGAGACCAUCACGAGGAUGUUCAGCCCCUUCGGCGCCAUCGCCUCCAUCCGCCUGCUGCGGCCGGGCCGCAAGCUGCCCUCGGACGUGCGCAAGUUCUGCUCGCGGUUCCCCGAGCUGCUGAGCCGCUGCUGUGCCCUGGUGGAGUACGAGAGCCUGGAGAGCGCCCGCAGAGCCUUCGAGAGCCUCGGGCAGCGCGACUGGCACAGCAUCAGGGUGGUGCGGCUCUGCGGCAAAGGGGGCAAGAAGAAACCCGGGGAGGAGCGGCCGGGGUGGAAGGGGGCUCUGCCCUUCCCCUGCAGCCUCGAGGAUUCCCUGCCCAGCAGCUCUCCGCAGCCCGAUGAUGCCUCAGGCUCGCUGUCCCUCCUUCUGAACCAGGAUCUGAUGGCUCCCACCUGGCCUGGCGGCGACUUCACGGCUGGGAACUCCAGCGCUUUCCCCAGCAAAGGCUUCUCUCCGCUCGGGGCGGGCGCCGAGAGCCGCCGGGCGAAGCCCCUCGGGCUGUGGGACGGGGUCCUGCCCCUGCCCCGCAGCCCCCGGGGCACCGCGGGCUUCGGCAGCAGCUUCGCCAGAGAGGAGCUCGCCCUCCGGCGCUGA